GAGGGGAGGGGAGGGGAGGGGAGAGUGUCUUCGGUGCGGAACCGCCGAUAUGUGGCGGGGGAGCGGAGCCGUGAGCCGGUCCCGUGGCGGGGCUCCGGCCGUGGACGAGAUCAAAGCCCGGAGGAGGCAGCAGGAGUGGGCUCUGAGAAAGGCACGGAGGGAGAAGCAACUCGUCAGCAAGAGACUGCUGAGGGAGCUUCAAGAUGAAGGAGAAGAGAUGGAGAUAAGAGAACCCUUGGUCACCCAAGACAAGGUAUCACAACUGUACCAGAGGAUUCAGCGUGGAUCAGAGGAUCGGGUAACUGCAUUGCGAUCCCUGUGUCAAUUGAUGCACCAGAGGGAGGCACAGAAGAUGUUUGUCAGUUUGGAAAACAGUAUCCACGUUCUCAUUGGGCUCUUCACCAGCAACCUGGCGUCAGUUCAGCUUGAGGCCGCACGGUGUUUGCUAAAGCUGUCCCAUGCCAGUGAUCCCAGCAUCUCGCUCGUGUGUUUGCCAGCAACACCCUACCUAUUGACGUACCUUUCGGGUCAGAGUGCAAAGUUCACGGAGCAGUGUUUAUACAUCCUGGGCAACAUGGCGGCAGAGAAUGAAGCAGUUCGGAGUCAGCUCCUGCUACAAGGUGUGAUUCAAGCACUGGCAACCUGUCUGCAGUCUCCUCACGAAGCAGUUGUGGAAGCAGCGGCUUACUCACUUUCCCAACUGCUCCAGGCCAAGGAAGCAGGAGAGAAGAUCGUGCCUGCGGUUCUGGAAGCCAGCUUGACUCCACGUUUGAUCCAUCUGUUGGACCCGGAUUCGGAAUUUGGGAUGCCAACGGCUGUGGAGUCCGCCUGGUGUCUGCAUUACAUCGUGAGUAGUGGUGUCAACUGUGAAUGUCUGGUCUCUCAGGGCCUUGUGCACCAAGCUGUACGACUGCUGAUAGCUUUGGGCAAUGCCAUUGAUUCCAGCACAACAACAGAUGGUGUGGAAUUGCUCAUUUACCCUGUGGCCCGUUGCUUGGGAAAUCUGACGGCGAGCUGUGAAUCAGUCCUGAGCAGAGACCGGCUGUUGGACUGGCGAGUGCUGCAGGCACUGAGUUCAAUCAUCAACAAAUUCCUACAGUCGCACCCAUCCCUGACGCGGGAAUGUCUGUGGCUCCUCAACAACCUAACCGCUGCUGAUGACCAGUUGUGCUCAACCAUCUUCAGCCUGGACCUGGUGCCCAUGGUACUCCAACUGAUGCUUUUCUCUGGCGGCAUUAACACUCUGGUGCUGAUACUGUUGGGUAACAUUGCGGAGAAAGGGCCAGCACACUGUGACAGACUACAGCAACACAAGGAGUUGUUUCCUGCGCUUUGCAGCACCCUCCGAGCAGCCGACGCAGAGGUUGUGCGCCUGUCGCUGGAAGUACUGAACUUGAUCUUCUCGCACUGUGUGCAGGCCAGUGCGGAGUUUGUAAAUCAAAAUGGGAUCCCGGCUCUCGAGGUGAUUCAGUAUAACAACAAUGAGGAAAUCCGAGUGCGAGCCAAUUUUCUGAUGGACAGAUACUUCACAGACAAGGACAUGGAGGAGGUCAUUCAGCCCAUCAAGUCCUCCAGGAUCCCAACUCAUAUACAUUCCCUGACUUAUUUCAAUGCAAUCUAUUCGCCUUCUCAUACAGGCAAUCCCCGGGUUACAAACGAGAUCUGUUCCUAAGUCCGUCUUUAAGUCAGAUUUGUACGCAAGUUGGAACAGGUACAUCCGGUAUUAUUUAGUGUCAGUUAGUCAAACGUUUUUCUUAAUGUAUAGCAUAUAUUUUACCUUUUUAUGCAAAUAAAACUUAAGAAACGUAUGUAUUUCAAUAAUUAAACCACUGCAUUGCCUAGUAAUAAUUGUAGCUUUCAUCGGGGCAGGGCCUUUCACAUGCUCCAUUAUUCUCACUUUAUCUUUUAAAAUUGUUCCGAUCGCUUUAUUAUUUCCACUUUAUUUUCAUUCGUGAUCAUUUUCCAUCAACAGAAGAGAAACACUGCAGAAUCAGUGAAUGACGGGUCCUGAGCUCCCCUGGUUCCUAAAGUCCACCCGCACUAAGACAGGUUAAAUGGAUCAAGUGGGGGUGGUGCUGACUGGAAGGGGGGGGGGGGGGGUCAAUGUGAAUCUUGCUAAGAAAAAUUUAAGCCAAAUACAAAGUUACACACUCAACACAGUGUUAACAGCAAUGUGAUCCGACUUAAAAUGGUGGACAGCAUUCUACUUCCUCGAGCUGACGAAUUUUUAACAUAUUAGGCUUUAUGGCAGGCCAUUCGUAAGUACGAGUUAUUCGUAACUUGGGGAAUAACUGUACUUAUCAACCUCCAUCUGAUUUUCCCCCAGAGCUUUUCUCUUUGGAGAGAAAGGAGAAUGAGAAGUUAUUUGAUAGAGGUGUACAAGAUGAUAAGAGGCAUUGAUUGAGUUGACAGACAAAGGCUCUCCGCCCACCCCCCCCCCCCCCCCCGAGUGGAAUGCCUAAUAUCAGAAGGCAUAAUUUUAAGGUGUUUAGAGGAAAGUAUAGUGGGAGAUAUCAAAGGUUAGUUCUUUACAGAGACUGGUGAGUGUGUGGAAUGCCCUGCCUGGGAUGGUGGUAGAGGCAGGUAGAUUAGGGACUGUUAAGAGACUCUUAGCUAAGUUGAUGGAUGACAGAAAAACAGAGAAAUAUGUGGGAGGGAAGGAUUAGAUCGAUGUUUGAGUAGAUUAAAAGGCUUGUACAACAUCGUGGACUCAAUAGCCUGUAUUGUGUUGUGGUGUGAGUCCUGACGAAGGGUCUCGGCCCGAAACGUCAACUGUACUUACUCCUAUAGAUGCUGCCUGGCCUGCUGCAUUCCACCAGCAUUUUUUGUGUGUUGCUUGUGUUGUAGUGUUUCAUGUUCUAAAUGCUCCUUAAAAUUAUACUACCUUACCUGCCUUCAACCACUUCUUCUGGCAUCUCGUUUACUCACCAACCACUAAGUGAAAAAAUUGCCCUUCUGGUCCUUAUUGAAAAUUUUCUCCCUCAUCCUAAACCUAAGCCCCUUAGUUUUGGACUCCCCUUCCCCGGAAAAAAAGACUGUUAACAUCUUACACUGGCUCAGCUCAAUUUUAUUUCCCCCAUUGAACGGGGAAGGUUUUCCCAGCCUGACCUGCCAGGCAUGCCUUCCUGCUCUGCAUUUUGCAGCUCCUUAAGCUGUUUGUUUAUAUUCUCAAGCUGCUCCCAUUAACUUGGUGGCCAGUUAACUUCGUUUACAGCUUAAUCCCAGAGUUGUACUGGGACAUCCACAUCAAGGAGAAUGUACAGAACUGUGGAAGAACAGACCAUUAUUAUAAAACUGAACUAUUUGCUAAUACGAUCAGAUGGACUCUUGACCUCACAAUCUACCUCCUUAUGACCUUGCAUUACAUUUGUCUGCCUGCACUGCACUUUCUCUGGAACUAUAACACUUUAUUCUGCAUUCUGUUAUUUUUUUACCCCAUUCUGCCUCAAUGCAUUGUGUAACAACUUGAUCUGUAUGUACAGUAAGCUAGGCAGGUUUUUCACCAUACAUGUGACAAUAAUAAAGCCAUUUACCUAUCAGA